AUGGGCUAUGCCGCAUCGUCGACCGUGUCUUUCCGUCUCCCGACUCGCAUCUCAAAUCUUCAAGCUUCAUUGCUUUCUUCGAGUCUCGAAAUGAGUAAGGUCGUUUUCGUGGGAAAUGUCCCCUACAACAUGGGGGAGGAAAGUCAUUUAUCCUCCAUACAAUACCAUUCCGACAGAACCUUUCCACAGGAACAGCUCAUCGACGUCUUUAAGUCGGUCGGUCAAGUUGUGGGUUUCAGACUAGUCUUUGACAGAGAGACAGGAAAACCUAGAGGUUAUGGCUUCUGUGAAUUUGCUGGUACAUCCAAUUUAUUUUUCUUUUCCGUACACCUCGAUGCAUGUCUGACUUCAAACCGGCUCUUUUCCGCAAUCACGCCUAUUUGUGCUUCUCUCGAUUCACCUUGGCAUUCCGUGUUACUCGUAUCGGCUUGUGUUUUCGCGUUUUGCCUUGAAGAUCAUGAAACAGCUGCAUCUGCUGUGCGGAACCUCAAUAAUGCCGAUGUUGGUGGUCGCCCUUUACGAAUUGAUCUCGCCGACUCCGAUCCCUUCCUCGAAGGCAAAACUACUGUGCGAGGCGAGUUGCUCGAUGGGAGUGAUCCAAGAGGCCGCUGGCGUGAGCACCGUGAGCAAGAUCGCGACCGCGACCGAUAUGAUAAUAUUCGUGAUCAACCCAAAUCUCAAGACCCAAAUUCAUUCUUGUCAAGUUUGCCACCCGGUGUGCCCAUAACUCCUGGAUCGACUGCAUUAGAUACCAUCAGCCAGACACUUGCAACUAUGAGCCCAGCUCAGUUAGUCGAAGUGCUUGCCCAGAUGAAGGCUUUUGUAAUCACCCACCCGGAUCAAGCAAGAGCACUACUUGUUGCGCAUCCGCAGUAUGCGUAUGCAUUGUUCCAAGCAUUGCUACUGAACAAAAUAGUAGACCAGAGUGUUCUCCAGCGCAUGUUACAAGCAACUGCGGGUAGUGGUGCUGCCCCAGGUCCAGGAAUUCCUCAACAGCCCCACCACCAAAUGCAAUACCAGCAGUCUCCACCCAUACACCAGCCUCAACCUCACAUGCCUCCGCCAAUGUCUGGCCCUCCACCCGCGUCAACUGCUCCAGCAAGCAUGUUCCCGCAUCAACAGCCCCCGUCGCACAUGCCAGCUCCACCGCCACAACAAUCUUGGUAUCGGCCUCCACAACACGCAGUCCCCCCGCCCCACUCGGCCCCCAUGCCCGACCUAAACAUUGAUCCGGCUCAAAGGCAAAUGCUAAUGCAGGUACUCAGCUUAACUCCAGACCAGAUCAAUGGCUUGCCACCUUCCGAGCGAGAAGCAAUCCAGAACUUGCGCAAUCAAUUUUUGGGAGGUAUCUCAACAUAGUGGAUGUAUGUCUGGACUUACACUGGAACUCUUUGGAACCCAGAGCUUAGUAUUCUAAAAAUAGUGCCUUGUUCUAUAUAUGCUGUGCCACAGCUUGUGUCUAUCCGAUGUGACCGCCGGUCGAGGCCCUUUCGCAUUCUUUACGCAUCAGAUCAAGUACCUAUCUGCCAGAUUUACUACAUGUUCACUAUUACAUCAACUUGUUUGCAAGACUCCGUGACUUCUUCAGCGCCAACAGUUUUUGCUCAAUCUCUACAAUUGGCGCCAUCUCGCCUUUGGAUUUGGUGCCUACGUCGUCGCGGUUCCGUACGUUAACCGAACGGCUAUCAAGUUCUUCCUGUCCGACCACUAGGAUGAAGUUGUAUUGUGC